AGGUGGGAGUGCACUGCCAGUGACUAUCAGCAUUACACCCAUUGCUCAGGCAGACAACAUCACACAAGCAGAUAGCAGGAGAUUACUGGGACCUCAAGCUGUGGUCUCCACCUGGACAUCUGGCUUGUGGCUUCAUUGUCCUGCAUAUUACAACCUAAGGAGGAGUUUUACCUGCCUCUUAUUUUCACCUUGAUCUCAGUCAUUUAGUGGGCACACAUCAAGGACACUUUACGACUUCUCUGCCUACUGAUCCUAUUGCCUGUGGAAACCUGAUCAAUCAUAUGAGCCAUGAAGUCUACUGCAUCUGUUACUCUACUCUUGUGGUUCACUUUUGCAAUAGGAAAGGCCGCCAAAAUUAUCAUUGUUCCGCCAGUAUUGUUUGAAAGUCACCUGUAUAUAUUCAAGACGGUGGCCACUGCACUACAUGACAAAGGCCAUGAAUCUGUCUUCCUGAUUUCAGAAGGAAGGGACAUACCACCAUCGAGUCAUUAUCAAGUUCAACGCUAUCCAGGGAUAUUUAACAGCACCACAUCUGAUCAAUUUCUCCAGUCUAAGAUGAAGAAUAUAUUUUCUGGGAGGUUCACAGCAUUAGAAAUGUUUGACAUUCUGGAUCAUUAUUCGAGAAAUUGUGAUAUAAUGGUGGGAAACCAAGAGCUGAUGAAUCGUUUAAAAAAAGAAAACUAUGACAUGGUGAUUGUCGACCCAAAUGAAAUGUGUGGAUUUGUCAUAGCCAAUAUUUUGGAUAUAAAAUAUGUUGUAUUUUCUACUGGACUAUGGUUCCCUGUUGAGGUUGGUGCCCCCGCACCCUUAUCGUAUGUCCCAGAGUUCAACUCACUCCUCACUGAUCGCAUGGGCUUACUGGAAAGAAUAAAGAAUACAAUAGUUUAUUUAGUUUCUCGAUUUGGAAUAAAUUUUAUUGUCUUACCAAAAUACGAUAAAAUAAUGAGUAAGCACAACAUUCUGCCUGCAAGAUCCAUGUAUGAGUUGGUACAAGGAUCCUCUCUUUGGAUGCUUUGCACAGAUGUUGCCCUGGAAUUUCCGAGACCUACUCUCCCUCAUGUUGUCUAUGUUGGAGGAAUUCUCACCAAACCAGCCAACCAGCUACCACAGGAUUUUCAAACAUUGGUGGACAAUGUGGAUGAACAUGGCUUUGUAUUGGUCUCAUUUGGGGCAGGAGUAAAAUUUUUAUCUGAAGACAUAGCAGAGAAACUAGCAGGAGCCCUUGCCAAAUUGCAUCAGAAAGUCAUUUGGAGGUUUACAGGACCCAAGCCUAGGAAUUUAGGUAACAACACAAAACUGGUGGAAUGGUUACCUCAGAAUGACUUGCUCGGACAUCUAAAAAUUAAGACCUUCCUUAGCCAUGGAGGACUGAAUGGUAUUUUUGAAGCCAUGUACCAUGGGGUUCCGGUAGUUGGAAUCCCUCUUUUUGGAGACCAUUAUGAUACUAUGACAAGAGUGCAGGCUAAGGGUAUGGGAAUUUGUCUGGAUUGGAGUCGGAUGACGACGGAAAGUCUAUAUGAGUCCCUCUCAGAUGUUAUCCAUAAUCCCAGUUAUCGACAGCAGGCACAGAAGUUAUCAAGAAUUCACAAGGAUCAGACAGGUCAUCCUGUCACCAGGGCAGCUUUUUGGAUUGAUUAUGUCCUCCGGCACAAUGGAGCUAACCAUCUUCGUGCUGCCACCUAUGGUGUUUCUAUUGUCCAGUACUUCUUGGUUGAUAUUGUUUUCCUCACAGUGAUUGUUGUUAUUUCAGUAUGGUAUGUGCUUUCUAAAAUCAGGAAAUAUUUGUGGAAAAGCAAAGUUACAGACCAUAUCACCACCAAUGGAUUCUACCAUAAUGGCCUAUCAAAUGGAAAGCACAAGAAGAACAAUCACAUUAAGCAUAAAGAGAAAGUUAAAUGAACCAACUUAAAAGUAUAUUGAAGGAACCACUGUAACACGGAUUCUAACUCUUGUCAGUACUACUGGAGUCUUCACUGCAUACAUGGAAAUACACCUGCAUAGUAGGCCUUGGCACCAAUGACCAUUCACUUCAAUCAGCAUUUAUUUCAAGGUUAUUUUUUUUUAUCUACUGUACGAGCACUGAAUGACUUGAAGUUUAGUCCAUACUAACAUUUAUAAACAGUAAAUCUGUUUCUCUCAAUAAUCUGCAUUAGACCUCUACAAAAACAUCCAUUUUUUUACUAACACAUCCAUGAUAUUACACAAACUAGAAUAUCAAAAACUGUGUGACAGAUCUAAUAUUUUGUAAUACACGCUGUGUGAAUGUGCUUAGCUCCUACUUGUUCUAUGUAAACUAUAUAAAAUAAUUACAUUUACUUGGCCCUAAACAACUAUUUAUAUAAAAAAGUACAUGUGAGUUUAUAUGUCAGUUGUGAUAUAGCUACCUUUUGCAUUCCUUUUUAUUGCUUUUGUUGGUGUAGUACAUUUUUUACAUUUAUAACACUCCAUCCAAGCUAGGUAGUAAAAUGUACUAUUAAUCCCCUAAGAGAAUGAUUUGUAUAUCUUAUACAUAUGUAACCAACAGAGUUUAGCACGUGCAAAGCUAAUCUUAAAUCAGGUCUCCAGGCAACAGAUAUUAAUGGUGGCCCAACUCCCAGCACCCCCACAAUCAUCUGUUUUGACUACCACAGUACUAGUAUGUAACAGUGUACACUGUGUAGUUUCCCACACAAGCAUACUGAAAUUCAGCUACCUUUCACCUGAAUGGGAGGUGAGCUGCAGUACUCCAGCAUGGCUACUACACUGUAUAUGGAGCUGUCUGACUCAAUUUCUAUAAACUGUUUAUUGCACCCCAAAACAUCUGAUUAGUGGGAGUGCUGGGUAUUAAGCCCUGAGAGAUAGUCUAGAAUGCUACUCUAGAUGGGGUACUCUUUCCAAUUAUGGAGAACACCUAGCAUGCAUAGUGUGUGUGUGGAGUUUUAUAAGUCAGGCAAUGUCCCUCUGGGUUUCUGGGAAAAAUUCAAAUUAGCUUUCCUAAGCCUAUGCUGAUGCCAGCAGAUGUAAGAUGCACUAAUUUUCAUAUAUUUUUGACUGGUUUACUCAAUGUCCUCCAUAAGAAGAAAGUACUCCAAUAAUGGCCUUUCAGGCAGCCAAGCAAACCUUCUUAGCUGCGUUAGAGUAGUUACUCACAAAGAGCUGGAGUCCUCAGUAUUCCUUUCUUUUUGGAAAUGAGACUAACUUGCAUGUCUGUUUUGUAGACAAGGAUUAUGUGGGGACGAAAAAAUAUUAGGAGAAAAUUGAUCUGUGAUGCACAAGGAGAUAUGUAUACAUACUAGAGAUAAUCAAAUCAAUUUGGAAUUGAUCCUGAUUUAUUUUAUUUUUGGGGGGAUUUUAACUAGAGUAAACUUCUUCAAAUUAGUUUUAGGUUCGAUUUGUCAAACGUUUUUAAAAGUUCACUUCACGCCCGAAUUGAUUCUGGACUAAUCAAAUGUGUUCCAAUUAGCCUAAAAAUUGGUAUAUAACACCUUCUAGUCUCAAAUUUUUUCUAAGAAGCCUCACCAAAUAAACACGAGUCUAGAAAAAGAGAGAUACAUAAUAUUCAACUGAAAGUGAGGCAUGCAUCCAAUACUCUAUCUAAAACAAUAAAAAAAACUAGAAUAUCCCACAGAGGCUUACACUUCUCUCAAUGAAACACAAGCUAGCUCACUUUUCAGAAGAACAAAAGAACCAUAAUGUCUUAAGAGAAAAUUGCUUUGCUUAACUGACUAUACUUGAGGGGUACUUUUGCAAUGCUCUUUAUCAUUAGGGAGACCAACAAUAUUAACAGCUAAAAAUUUGCAUAUCUUAAUUCUGCUGGCAUUAGACAGGAUAUACCAUCUUUUUCAUUUUCUCAGGCAACCAAAUUGCAUAACUUUGGGGUUCUGGGAAAGAUAUUCAAAUGAGUUUUCUUCCAAAAAAG